CGGCACACGUUGUUUGCUACUUGCGUCUGUCGUGUUUAUUGCCCUGCGACGGCGCCCGAAGAGCAGGGAGAAUACUGCGGAGUGCGCUCACGCGCGGCGCGAAGGUUUGUCUUUCGGGCGGUCGUAAAACGGGGCGGAAAGAAAUUCUGAUUUCGGUGCGGCGGGCCCGGGCCUAUCUGAGGCUGCCAGUUUCCGCGGCGUCACAGGAAGUGGCCUUUGAACGUUCCGAAGUAUAGCCGCCGACGGGCUAUGCAGAGAGGAGACUCAGAGUGGGACGCGCCUGCACUGAACAAGGACGCGGUCGAAGGCCGUGAGAGAGUCGUCUUCACCCCAACGCUAGAAAUGAGCCAGCACGCGAGCGGCGGCGGAGCCAGGUAUGCGCCCUACGACGAUCGUGGGGCCGACGACUACCCGCGCUCCGCGGGCGACAGCCUGCAGUCCGGAUCCCUCAUGGAGGCGAGCACGGACUCGGGCAUCCUGGCGACCGCGCGGGUCGAAGACGUCGGCGUCGUCCGGCCCACCGUAUGGCGCCGGGUACUGGACGCCGUGCUGCUGGUCAGGCUGGAGAUCUUUCUCGCGUUGUUCAUCGUCUCGAGGUUCAUGACCAUGACUCCCAUCCAGGACCUGCUCCUCCAGAAGGCCUGCCUCAACCGGAUGCACUACAACGAGAGCAUCUGCUCGCACCUGGACGACCACGAGCACAUCAAGAACGAGGCCGAGAAGGCCGCGAGCAUGACCAGCAUGAUGCGCACCGUCGUCUCGCUCGCGCCGGGCGCCAUCAUCGCCAUCUUCGUCGGACCCUGGUGCGACAAGUACGGCUACCGGACGCCGCUGCUCAGUGCCAUGACGGGCUUCCUGCUGAGCACGGCGCUGACCAUGAUGACCGUGUACUACAUGUGGAUGCCUCUCUACGUGAACAUCCUGUCGUCCAUCCCGGACGGUUUGAGCGGCGGCUUCAUCGUCGUCUUCACGGCCAUCUACAGUGAGGCCACCCUGACCACCGGAUCGGAAAGCAGGAGGGCGCGCUUCUUCGCUCUAAACUUCACCAUGUCGCUGUGCUCCCCGCUGGCGGGUUUCAGCGGAGGCCAGCUGUACGGUCACUUUGGCUGGAGGAUGGUGCUGUACGUGUCCUUCGUCAUCGCCAGCUUGUCCAUCGUGUGGGUUUUGGUGGCCAUCAAGGACCUGGUAAAGCCCGAGCACGCCAUGGACGGGCCCUGGGUGAAGUUCCGCAACCUUUUCGAUGUGACCAACCUGGCCGAAGGUUUCAGGACAUCGAUGAAGCCCCGGCCGAACAAGGGAAGGGCUCAGCUCUGGUGCCUCUUUGGCGCCGUCUGCUGCGUCGUGUUCGACUUGGCGUCUUUGGGCACCAUGUACUACUACGUGCGCAAGAUGUACUCCUGGACGGUGGCGACCUACGCGACGGUGUCCGCAAUAUCCUCGGUGAGCAACGUGGCCAUGAGCGUGCCCAUCAUCUUCCUCUUCGUGAAGGUGCUCAAGAUCAGCGACCCCGCCAUGGCACUCGUCGGCGUCUCCUUUGCCGUCGUGCAGAUGACCAUUCUGGGGCUCGCCUUCAAGGAGUGGCUCUACUACCUGCACUGUGUGUUCGGCAUCCCUACUUUCCUGGGCCAGGUCGGUGUGCGGACCCACAUGUCCAAACUGGUGGGACAGGACGAAGUGGGCAAGGUGUUCGCCUUCCUGGCCUCAUUCGACGCGGUGGUGCCCGUCCUGGGCGAGUUGUUCAUCACGUCGCUGUUCAACUGGUCUCUCGACUUCCUGCCGGGGCUGCCUUACCUGGUGGCUGCCGGAAUCACCUGCAUCUCAGCCGGACUCAUCGCCUACGUUGCGAGGGUGCAUCGGGAAGGCGUCAAGUACGAAGACAUGUCCAAACAGGAAGGGGUGCCGGUACCCAUCAACGACUGAAGAGCUGGGCCGGCGCGACCGACUUAUCGAUCACGCCGAAAGCUGAUAUUGUAGCUGCGGCCACAUGAAACGCAUUUCUGACAUAUUUUUGGGAGUGUCGUCUUACAGCGUCCGCGCGUCCAUUUUUUUUUUUACACCUCAUGAGAACGGCGACGUUUUCCUCGGCCGAAGUGCGUAUCGCGAGGUACUUUCUGUCGCUGGUGUGAACGCGUGGGGACAGUGUUAGGCCUAAAUUACCGCGUAUAGUCGUGGCCAAGCGCAAAGGGGACGACGACAUAACUCCGAAAAUAUGUCGGAAACGCGUUACUUGUGGCUUCAUCUUUAUAGUUUAUAGUAAUAGAGCAUUUUAGCAUAGCGUUAUUGUUAUACCGUUCUUGUUGCCGCAAUCCCCUGCCGCCGAUUGCGCAUGUGCGGGCAUACCAUGCAUGCGAGGUGGAAAGCGGGGCGAUAGUUACGCUAUGCUAAAACGCUCUAAUGACGCAGACGUCUCCUGCAGCGUUUGCGUGGAUUCGCCAGUAACGUAUCGAAUCGCUGCGUCUGUUUGGAUAUGCGAGUUGGCUUCAGCGAAUCCAUGUAAACGCCUAACACGUACGUCGCAUCGAAGGGGUUGGGGUUGUGGGGCUGGGGAGGGCAGGGUUAGUGAAAGGGUGCGUGCGAUACUACUGGUGUAAGGGUGAUUCGGACGCAUUAUACGACGCGCCGUCACCGUCGCGCGACACGCCACAAACUCGGAACGUCGCCGCGUCGUGUUGAACUGAGGAGUCGGCAAAUGCGACGCAUUAAUGGUCGUGUGAGCACGGCUUCGCUUACGCGCUUGGCACACACCCAAGGGCGUCAAUGCGCAUGCGCGUGGCUGCCUCCCUCCGAGGUCUGUGCGCAGACGCCAUAGCUACUCUAUACGCCAGUCGCUCGAGGAGCGAUUAAGCCCGCUUCCGACUCGUGCGCGAUCGAGACGCUCAUCGGUAUAGUUUCGACUCUGAGCCACUGGACAGAAGCAUAUCAAGUAGAAGCACGACGCGCACAUUAGCACCUGUAUAGUAACGAAUGUAUGCGUAAAGUGUGGCCCACUGUUUCAGUGAACAAACAGUUAUGAUAUGGGCGAGAGUUUCUGUCUAUAUGUCAAGGCUGAAAGCGACCGGCUUUGCAGCGGACGACUUGAGGUAUACGUGGCGAUGGUCCCUUCCUACGAGCCUGCUCGGCGCAUUGGCAGCGCUUCCACCAGGGCCCGCAGUUGGGGAGCACCCGAAAACUUUGAUCGGUGCUCUUGAGUGUUCUGAUUAACAGUGGGCCACACGGUGUGUGUGUGUGUGUGUGUGUGUGUGUGUGUGUGUGUGUGUUUUAUUACCUAUACCUCUACGUGUCUGCUGGCUACGGUCCCGAUGCGCUUGCAUAUGUCCCGUGCAUGAUAUCCGGUGCAAUCGUCAGUGCUUCUCCCACAUCUCGACUGGUGUGACGCAUAGCACCAUUGUCGAACUACGCACAGUUACGAUUAAGUACCGCCGUUUGUCUUUAAUUUGACUUACAACGCGCGAAAGCUGUUUAUGCAUAGGCUUACUGUAAAACAAAAUGGAAUUGACGGCCAAAUCGGUGUCGCUGGUGGCGCCGUCUUUCUUCUUUUCUUUUUUUGUGCAGCUGUGUGGGCCCUAAUUGGCCGCUUUUCAUACAAUCUUUGCUAAUGUGAUCCAAUGUUCCUAAGCUAGUCCAAAGCAGUGCAAUGUGUUGUAGCUUAUCCAAAGUUUCUAGAGCGGCGCCAGAGAAACGCACCUAAGGGAGGUUCAGCAAUCGUGUCUAAAGGUAACCUGCACUCAGUCAUUCUUUGCGACAUCCCUUUAGCACUUCUAUGCCAUACCGCUGUUUACCGCGGGGCACCCCCAGGAUUCAUGGCAGCUGGGCGGAGAGAUGUUUCACGGAAAAAGCCAUGUGGCAAACAAGUGCGAUGCCUCUCGAGCACAGAAGCGCAGACAUUGUUACGCGCGGAGUAUUAAAAAAAGACGAUUGUGUUCAUUUCUGCGCUGCACACGCUUGCGGAAGAGCCACAUGCGUUACGGCAAAGCGUUUCCCAAGAGCUGCACUCUUUAUAAAGGCCCACGAUCUGUGCGUAGAUCUCCGGUAGUCGUGUUCUUUCUGUCGCGCCAGAUUAAAAAAUAAAAAAAUAUCCGUCCAUUUUUUACAUACACGUGUGGGGUGGUAUUUUCCAUCGAUCACAUUGAAGAAUACUUUGACCUCUGCGUGACGUAAGGCCCGCCGCGACUCGUCUCUGUAGCGACGGUAAACUAUAGAACCGCACUAGACUCGGAAACUAUAGACAGUAGACUUGAGUACUAUACUAGAUGGGAAAGGGACGCUGAUUGAAGGCUUGCCUUUUGCUUUCGUCACGUCCGCUUCCGCAGGCUUAGUCAAUCAAUGUACACCCGCGAUAGUAAUCGAUCGAUAAGGUAACAGCAGCGCUCUGCCUGCCUGCCCAUGAUUUUCACAUUUGCAACCAGUUGUAGGCAAAGUUGUGUGUAGCAUUUGUGCUUGGAAGAAGCUGUGGAAGAUUGUGUGAAAUGAUGUGGUGGAAGAGGCACACGCUUCAGUGUGUAUGCACUCGUUGUACAGUUUUCGUCAAAAAUACGAAGAUACGAAGUAAAAAAUACGAAGAUAGUUCUGCGCGCAGAACACUUGGAAAGCCAGGAACUGCGCUUGAAUUGCGCUUAAACUACACUUAAAUUUUCGAGUUAGCUUCCCAUGAGGUGGCAGAUUUUGAGAGCAUCCGCUUCGCAGCUAGUUACAAAGAUCCGUCAAUAAAACAAGUUCAAUAUGCGUUCGAGAGUAAGCGGUACACUAAAUCAGGCAGCUCUUGGUAGUUCUCUCUGCGUGACAACGGCCGAAUUGCGCUAAGAUGCUGCGGAGUUCUUGACAUAACAUCAACGUCACGCACUGACGUGUAACUAAAAAAAAAAACCGGUUUGGUCUUAAUUUUUUUCCCCCGAUAAUACACCUCAUUCAGGUGCCUGGAUGAUUUUAAAUUUCAGUUUUCAAGCACGCAAGUCUUUUCCAGCUUGGACCCUCCUGCGACCUGGAAUAGUGUUCCACUAUAUCGCCCCUUUAAGUUGGCAAAAUGAGAAGCAGGGUGGUGCUCUAUGCCCGCAGCUUUUCAUAGUCCCGCGACCUGCGCGAUUUGGCCCGGGGAUAGAUCCGGUAGAGAGCGGGAAGUGGCCCGUGUAUAUUUGACGAAAACUGUCAGCCCCAUGUGCAGAAAAGCUUCUUUAACGUACUUGCUGUAUUACGUGCCAUGCUGCUAACGUACACUUAAUUUUUUAUGGACACACGAAGAGCGUCUUUCAGUGGAUGGUGCUUUCCGAAGGUCGUUGCUUGCAUUUCACGAUAGCCAUAUGACGGGGUGGGCUCUAUCCAUGUUUAGUUUUCGGACGUUGUGCGUUUUACUUUUGCUCGUCGGUGAUUUACGCGGGCACAGACCUCUCACGUGUGCACUUCUGUAGAAAAAUCUAUGUUGCUUUUUAUGCAGGCGAUUAGAACAUCGCAGCAGUUUUGUUUUUGCGCCUUUGCGUUCCAAGCGCGUUUAACGAUGAAUGGACGCAGCCCACGUGAUGCUAUAGUACAGACCGUGAAGGCGCGGUUUGGUCACACGAGCAGUUUGUUACUUUAACCAGCAAGAACUAUGCUGGGCUUUAUCGGUUAGUUCGUUUUUUGUCGACCGAGCUUUGAAAAUACCUCAUCGUCAGUACUACUGGUGUCAUAUUUAUUUUGCGUUACUUCGAGUAGGAAGUAAGCUUUGAUCAAACACAAGUUUUAUUUUAUCACCCGUUCGAGGAGAACGGGCUCGUCGGUUCGGAAAGCGGGCCGAUUUCACAAUGCAACUUGAACAGGACCUUGUGAUUUCACAGAUGUACACCCGUGAUCAAAGGUAUGCUGACCACAACGUCGCGUGAAAAACAGCAUUUCUUUGUACCUGACGCUCGCACGGCCCAACACUGUCUAUUGCAGUUGAGUUCGGACUGCGCUUCCCGAUUCUAGGUUGGGGUUCGGCGGCAGAAGCCUCGGUCCGUAUACCUUUGAUCAAGGGUGUAUCGCUAAGCAAUCUACUCGUUGUGUUGAGAUUAUUCGCUCUCAACUUCUAACCACAAAAUACGUAACCCUUAGGGAGCAACCAUGCGUGCGAUUCGGUUUUCAAGUGUUUCGCUGUCUAAACUGCUACCUAUAUCAUUGGAACCACUCAAUAAAGAAAGGUGAACACAUUCGA